AUGCAGCAGCCCAACCAACAUCAUGGCUGGCAAGGCCACCAACCUGGCGGCCGCCCCCUGGAUUCUACAGGAUGGCCCUCGAAUGACUCGUCUCGUCAGAAUGACUGGCCCUCGCAGAUGACUCGGAUACCAGCUAGGAAUCCAAGCGAAGGAGGUACCAAGAGGAAGGACGUGAUGGGCUCGUCGGACCUUGAGAUAGCGGUCCCCGGAGCAGGUGCCUUCGGCGCUUCUUUAAGCACGAUGCCUCACCAGCAAGAUGCGGAAGAUUCGUAUAGCGAGAACAGAGGGCAUCCUGGAACGGGGGUGGGCUCUUCCUCUGGCCUGUAUACGGGCCACCUUCCGAAAGCACAGCCCACCGAACCAUCAUUGAGAAGAGGAAUGGCGUGCAAGUUCUGUCGCCGGCGCAAACUUCGAUGCUCUGGCGAACGACCGAUCUGUUCCAGCUGCGUCAAAUACAAACAGGUCUGUGAGUAUCAGACGCCGCCCAAGAUUCCCAGGUCUCAGCCCGCGGAGAACAGCACAUCAACCGGACUGUCAGACUUUGUCCACCAACCUGCCAUCCCCGGUUACCAGUCGGCCUUCAGUUCGCAACCUCUUGUCGAAACCCAGAAUGUGCCCUCGGCUAUUCCUUUCCAUCAGGAUUUGCCGGGCCCUUCUAGCUACGCCUCGGCUUCAAACAUCUACCAGCCUGAUUAUACGGUGACCCAUCGACCAUUCGACAUCAGCAUCAUCAACAUGCCCCCUAGCACUCUUGCAUUCAGCCCCCUUGGUCAUUCCAGCAUCGGUUCCACAUCUGUCUUUGGUGCACCUGUAGACCCUACGUCAGACAUUCCCUUCCAGCAAUUCCCUCAAUAUGCAGCAGAGCCCUCCUCGUAUUCCGCCACGAGUUUGGGUUCUUCGUCUCCAUCGUCCUUCCUUCCACAGGGGCCGCAAAGACACAGCAUCAAUACUGUUCUUUCCGAUGGAUUUCCGUCUCCGACCGCCCCACGAAAUGGCUACAGUGGGGCCAGGCCGUCAUUACCAAUGUCUCAGCCGGCGAUACCAAGCAAUUCCUGUGCUCCCGCGAUGCCUGCUCCCAUGCCAGACUUUUCAUUUGUUGCCGACAAUGCAUCCACCUCAAUGCCCCUGGGAGUGACUCAGCCAUACAGAAGUAGUACUUGCUCUUCUGGUUUCACUCAUUCCUCGGCUUCACCUAGGGUCACGAAUAUCCCUUCGUCGACGCCUUCUUCAACCCCGUUGAAUGCCGCUGUCCCGCCAGUCGGCGAUGCCCCUGCCGAAUAUCCAGCAGGUGCCAGCAUGCGUUUCGUCUCGGACGAGUCUGACCCUGUCGAUAAUAUCACGGAGCGCCUGGGAGAGUUCUUAUUCAGUCCCAAUGAGAGCCCUGUAACUACUGGAAACAACACAGAAGCCGGAUCUCCCGAAGAUCGGGACGCGCAAAAGAGAAGAAGGCUUUCCAAAGCGAAAGCUGGCCAAGGAUGGGCUGGUAGUGGUCCGCAGAAGACAUCGCUUCUACACAACAGGGUAGAGUCGGACGGUCUGCGAGACGAGCUCAGGAAUAUGCUAUUGGAUUGCUUUUUGGAGCACGUCCGAUUGUUCUUUGAGAUGAGCAUUCCUCGUUUCAGAUAUCGCAUGACCUUCUUGGACAAACGAAGGCCCCAUCUGGCUCUGUUGAAUGCGAUGUAUCUGUGGGCUUCUCGGCUAUCGCAGGCGCCCAAUCCAGUGGCACUCGAGCAGCAUUUUUACACCGAGGCUCUUCGCCACUUGGACGCGGCGGCGGCGAGUAACGAUAGAUUGGUAGACGCCAUACGAGCGGCGAUGCUCCUCAGUGCCUACACCUAUACGAAUGGGAGACACCACGAGGGUUGGCUGGUCGCGGGAAUUGCUGUCCGACUGGUGCUUUCAAGCGGUUUACAUCGUAUCCCGUCGCUCAGUCUGCAAUCAAUUCCUAAAGAUACGCUUUUUCUCCGGAACCGAGUCUUUCUUCUACCUCCCCCAGAAGAUGCAGUCGAAUUGGCAGAAAGAGUCCACGCCUUCUGGUGUGUGUAUUCAAUAGAAAGAUGUGGUGCAUUAGCCACUGGAUUCCCUUCGUCCCUCAAUGAUGGCGACAUCAUCACCCCGUUCGGUAGACCUAUAGACGAAAUAGCAUCUCAAACGGUAACCUCUGCAGAUGAUACCUCCGUCCGUAAUUUAUACCGAGGUCACAUACCGGCACAUCCCCAGGGAGAUAGCCCCUACGUGAGAUGGCUAAAAGCUGUCACGGUCUUGGAACGUACAUCGAAGCUCGCGUUCCUUGAUCCCGAUGAUGACUCCGAGUACUCCCGGGUGUGGACAGAGUAUGCCAACCUCUUGUCUUCGCCAAGCUCUGCUUCAUCAGCUUCACUCCCUCCAUCAUGGCUCAAUCAACCCAAAUACAGAAAUCCGAAAGAUUACAACGAGUGUUACUUUGCGCUCGAACAGCUCCGCAGAGAGCUUGGAGUGGAUGGGAUAUCCCCUGUGGAGAGAAAGAACAGAGCAGAUAAUGAAGGGAUUGAACUCGUUUUCGGAAGCAAGAUAGUUUUAUUGCAUCAUCAUUUUGCAGCCAUAGAGAUGCUGCUGCACGAUAUAAAUUCCAUCGAUGCCGACAAUUCUGUGGCUGUCAGUGCUGCUCAACGAAGUGUCGCUCUUUUCAAACACCUUCCCGAGAUGUCACUCUUUGAAGUCGACGCUGAAAUUGUGCUGGUGUGGUGUAUGACUGCCAAACUACUGAUCAAGGAGCUCGACCGAUUCGCCCGUCAGGGUGAUGCCAUAUCUUGUCAAAAUCUGGGUGACGAUGUCGACUGUAUCAUCAACGAGCUCUAUCGAGUCGGGCAUGUAAUGCACAUGUCGCGAGCCCAAGGCAAAGCGAUGGAAGACCUCAAAAAGGCCGCUUUAGCAAACCUCAAACAGGCGUAA